GUGGGUGCAUCUCAUUUUCUCUCCUUCUCUUCCGGUGCUCCACACGCAGCAGUGUUUACAGCUGAGUCCACAGAGUGCUAGUGUUGUUUAAUAGUUCAAAAACUAACAGGGUUUUGUUUUUUAAGUGCGUGAUAACAUGCUUCUUUUCUGUCCAACCUGCGGGAACGUGUUAAUCGUCGAGGAAGGGCAGAAGUGCAUGAGAUUCGCGUGUAACACCUGUCCCUACGUACAUAACAUCACACGAAAGGUAAAUAACAGGAAGUAUCCGAAGUUAAAGGAGGUGGAUGAUGUUCUGGGUGGAGCUGCUGCGUGGGAAAACGUGGACUCAACACCUGAAACGUGCCCGAAGUGCGAGCAUCCUCGAGCAUACUUCAUGCAGAUUCAGACCAGAUCAGCAGACGAACCGAUGACCACGUUCUACAAAUGCUGCAACGCUCAGUGUGGACACCGAUGGAGAGAUUGACACCUUUUCACUUAUAGCCGGGGUUUUCAAUUUCAUUCACAAGCACAGCUGAGAAACAUUUAUUUUUUUGCUUUACAUUUAAUAUUUAAAUAAAAUAUCCACUUUCACAAUGUCAAAA